AUGUCUACUGGAGGAUCAGAAGCUAGCACUAGUCAUUUGAAAAGACACACUAGAGGUUGCAAUCAAAAGAAGUUGCCGACGGCUGCUGAAACAAGACAAGUCAUCAUUCCAUUUCAGCCAUCAAAGUCAAGUAACCCUUUUAUUAGUACCGGUGUUAGAUACUCUAAUGAAAAGAUGAGGGAAAUAAUUACAACUGCUAUCAUGGUUCACAAAUAUCCUUUUAGUGUUGUUGAGGAUGAUAUUUGGAUGUGGGGCUUUCAAUAUGCAAACCCAGAUUUUCAUAAAGUUACUCAUAAAACAACAAGAAAUGAUUGUUUGGCAAUAUUUGAUAUGGAGAAGAAAAUUUUGAAGAAAUUUUUAGAAAAUGUGAGAUGGAAUCUUCAAAAAAGAGUUUUGAGUUUUGUGAAAGUACCCCCUCCAAGGCGUGGUAUUGAUGUUGUUGAUGCUAUAUAUAAAUGUUUGAAAACUUGGGGGAUUGAAAAUAAAGUUUUUUCCAUAUCUGUUGAUAAUGCUUCUUACAAUGAUUCAUGCUUAAGAUGUCUCAAAGAUAAUUUAUCUCUAAGUAUGCAAGACGGACUUAGUAAAAUUAAGGAUACCAUUUUCAAUAUUCGUGAAAGUGUCAAAUAUGUUAACCACAAUGAUGCAAGACUAAAGGCAUUUUGUGAUGUGGUUGAGCAGAAGCGCUUGAAAGAAAGGAAACUCAUCAUUGAUUGUCCAACAAGAUGGAAUUCAACUUUUAAUAUGUUGUCAACUGCUUUGAAAUUUAAGAUUGCUUUUGCAGCCUACAAAGAAAGGGAGCCUCAUUAUAAUCACGCCCCUUCACUUGAAGAAUGGAACAAAGUUGAGAAAGUUUGUAAACUGUUAGAAGUAUUUAAUGGUGCAACUCAUGUGAUCUCAGGUAGUGAGUAUCCGACUGCAAAUUUGUAUUUAGCAGAAGUUUGGAAGGUUAAACAAAUACUUGAUAAGACUCAUGAAGACGAAGAUCUUUUUAUGAAAGAAAUGGUAGGUCCAAUGAAAAUAAAGUUUGACAAAUACUGGGGGGAGUGUAAUAUGUUGAUGGCUAUUGCUAGUGUUUUGGAUCCUAGGUGCAAAUUUCAUAUGGUGUGUAUAUGUUUUCCCUUGAUAUAUAAAUCUAAAGAAGUUGUUGAUGAGAAUAUAAAGAAGGUCAUGAGUUCAUUGGAAGAACUAUAUGAUGAGUACCUAGCUUUAUCUUUGGAAGAGUCUCCAUCUCCGAUUGUUAAUUUGGAUAGUAAUAAUUUAUCAUCCUCCCAAGAGAAUGCUGCAAUUAUCACUGGAUUUGACGAAAUUCUGAGCAUUUUGCGUAAAAAUGAAACUGCGCCUCCAGUAAAAUCAGAAUUACAAGAUUAUCUUGAUGAAGGUAUUUAUGUUCCUAAGACUAAAUCUUUUUGUGCUUUGGACUGGUGGAGGAACAAUAGCAUGAAAUAUAAGAUUUUGUCUAAGAUGGCUGUUGAUGUACUAGCUAUUCCAAUCUCAACUGUGGCAUCUGAGUCCACAUUUAGUGCAGGAGGUAGAGUUAUUGAUGAAUUUCGAUCUAAAUUAAACGAAGAAUCUGUUGAAGCUCUAAUUUGUGGCGGAGAUUGGUUUCGUCAUAAGUAUAAUGUGAAGAAAAAAUCAAAGGUUGAUAAACAAGAGAUACAAAUCACCUUGAAGAUUUGA